UAUAUUGAUUUUAUUUCUACUAUAAUAGCAUUUGUUAUUUGGUUUUUACAUAAUCUACAGUAAUAAAUAUUAUACUAAUUUUCAUUUACUAAAAUUUAUAUUAUUGUUUAUUUUGAAAAUGACAAUAUACAUAGAUGAAGGAUUGCUUAAAAUUACACAAAAAAUGUGUUUAAUAGCCUUAACUAUUUAUGCAUACAUUCAAAUUUCAUCAGAAAUUCGAACUUGUUCGCAAAACAAAAUUGGCUCGAAGAUCUAUCCAUUUGAUAGUCAAUUUUUCGAAUCGUCGGUACUUUUCUUGACUGCAGCUGCUAUAUGUAUAGUCGAAUGUGAUAUAUGGCCAAACAAUACAAAACCAAGAAAUAGAAUGAUUCGAUUUCUCGCAGAGCUGUAUAUUAUGACAAUGGCUAUAAUACUUGUCUAUGUUCUAUUUUGGCAUCCAAUAGUCAUAACUACAUCUAUAUUCACUGAUAAAUUGAGUAUUCUAACACUUAAAUGGUUGGGAAGUGCGAAUAUACACAAAAAAAACAUUUCAAUUUGCAUGGGAAACAUUCGCAGUACGAAGUUGCAUUGCAAUAUAUUUAGCUCAUUAAUAUUAUAUCAUGUACUCGAAAAGUUUGGGAAGAAAGACUUACGACGUAUAAAAUGUUUGUUUUGAAGUAAUUAACUCGAAUCUAUAUAUUAAUAAGUUCAUGGCAAUACAUGUGAACAAUAUCGAAAGUAUAAUCCUUGCAAAACAAAACAUUUUACUAUAUCAUGUAUGUAUAUAAUUAGUAUUUGAAAUUGAUUCGCAGUAUUGAUAAUGAAAUUAAUGUCACAUAUUGCGUACAUUUUCUUGAAACUUGAUUGCUUCAGAAAGUAGAACUUAUGAAAAUUAAGUAUUCAUACAUAUAUUAGUACAUGUAUAUUGUAUAUACAAAAUAUAUCAAACAAAUAAAAUAAAAUGA